ACCGCCGCCUCCCCAAAAUCCCGUUAACCCUUCUUCCCCCCCAAAUCGAGUCGGCUCCUCUCCUCUCUCCUCUCCUCCUUCCCACGGAAGCCUCCAGAAAUUAGCGCGAUGGCGGCGCCGGCGCAGCUGACCCCCGGCGGGGUGCCGGCGGUCUCCAGGCACGUCAACGGCGAGGAGACGCUGCAGGCGGUGCUGCAGGUGAUUGACGUGCGGCAUGUCGCCAACAAGAACAACGACAACCCCAGCGCCUCCGACCGCUUCCGGAUGCUGCUCUCCGACGGCGUCUACUCGCUGCAGUCCAUGCUCGCCACCGCCGAGAACCAGCGCAUCCGGGACGGCUCCAUCCGGAAGGGGUCCAUCAUCCACCUCCAGGAGUACACCUGCAGCACCAUCCGGGGACGCAGGAUCACUAUUGUUCUCAAACUUGAUGUUCUGCAAAGUGAGUGUGAGAUAAUCGGAAGCCCCAAACCCUAUGAGCUGAUAAACCCACCUACGGAGCAGGCCCCCAACUUACCGGCCAAUGCUGCUCAAGUUAAUGGUGGAGCAUAUUCCAGUGGCCCAGGCACGCUGGGAUCUUCUGUUGCUCCAAGGGUUGCGCAGGUUGCUAAUAAUGUAUCACAUGGUGGAUCUUACGGUGGUCAUCCGGGUACGGUGAGCCCUCCAAUUGGUCGAGCAGUAGAACCUGUUCCCAAUGUGUCAUCUGGUGGCUCUUACGGUUCUCAUGGUACAGCUUCAGCACAUAAUACAAUGAAUGCUGACAUGGUGCAGUCAAACUUGCAGCAGCCUUCACUGAACUCUCACCAGAACCAAAGGUUUGCAGUUCCUGCCAUGGCUGGUGGCAGUGGUACUCCUGUCAAUACUUACGGCCGCCCUGCACAGCCCUUUUAUCAGCAACCACCUCCAGGGCAUAUGAAUAGAGGUCCUGCUACUAAGAAUGAAGCUACCCGUGCUGUUCCAGUGGCUCAAUUGAACCCCUACCAAGAAAGAUGGACAAUCAAGGCUAGGGUGACUUCAAAGACUGAUCUUAGACACUACACCAAUAACAAAGGUCCUGGAAAAGUCUUCUCCUUUCAUCUCCUUGAUGCACAGGGUGGAGAAAUCCGUGCAACAUGCUUCAAUGUGCAGGCUGAUCAAUUUUUUGACCUAAUUGAGGUUGAUAAGGUGUACCUGAUAUCUAGAGGGUCGCUGAAACCUGCACAGAAGAAGUUUAACCCUUUGAAUCACGAGUAUGAAAUAACUGUGGAUUUCAGAACUUCUAUUGAAGUUUUCCCUAGUGAUGAUAGCAGCAUCCCGAGGCAGCAGUACAAUUUCCAUCAGAUAAGCGAAAUUGAGAACAUUGAGGUUGGUUCUAUUGUGGACUUGGUUGGGAUUGUUACGUCAGUUUGCCCUUCUGCCACAAUAACGCGGAGGGAUGGUUCGGAGGCCCAGAAAAGAACUCUUCAACUGAAAGACAUGUCUGGUCGAAGUGUGGAAGUAACCUUAUGGGGGAAAUACUGUGAUGCUGAAGGCCAGAAGCUGCAGUCGCUAUGUGAUUCUGGUUUGAAUCCUGUACUAGCUUUGAAAAGUGUCCGCGUUACUGAAUUCAGUGGUAGAUCUGUGAGCACAAUCAGCUCAACCCAGUUAAAAAUAGACCCAGACUUUCCUGAGGCUGAUAAGCUGCGACACUGGUAUGCAAGGGAAGGAAAGACUGCUGCUUGUGUUUCUUUGUCAGCUGCAAGUAGUAUGGGCAGGACUGAUAUCCGGAAAGCAGUUGUGCAGAUCAAGGAUGAAAAUCUGGGGCGAUCAGAGAAGCCGGACUGGAUCACUGUUAAAGGUGCAAUUUCGCAUGUGAACACUGAGAGUUUUUGUUACCCUGCUUGUACAUUGGAGGUGAAUGGUAGGCCGUGCAACAAAAAGGUGAUAAAUAAUGGUGAUGGGACAUGGCUUUGUGAGAGAUGCGACCAGAGAUUACAAAAGUGUGAGUAUAGGUACUUGCUGCAGUGCCAGAUCCAGGAUCACACUGGGCUCACCUAUGCUAAUGCAUUCCAUGAGUCUGGUGUGGAGAUACUUGGCUACAGCGCUGAAGAGCUUUACAACAUAAAAGAAGAAGAUGCAGAACAAUUUGCAGAGAUCAUACAGGGGGUUCGCUGGCAGCAGUUUCUAUUCAAACUGAAAGUCUAUGAGGAGACCUUUAAUGAUGAGCAGCGUGUCAAGUGCCAAAUUUCAAAAGCAGAGAAGCUGGAUUUAUCUAGAGAAUGCUCUUACCUUCUGAAGGCGAUUGGUGCCCUAUUGCAGGAUGAUACAGGCUCACCAUCUGAGGUUCAAGGCGCCAUGGCCUAUAAUGCUGGUCUCAAUAACUCGGGCACUGGACAAAGGGUGCCAGCCUCCAACAGCGCCUAUGCCACGAGUAUGGCCACCCCAAGGUAUGGUGAGUCUGUGAACCAGCUUGGGCAGCAAGCUAACACAUAUGGUGGGGUGUCCGCUCCAUUUUCAGCGACACGGAAUGUGCAGACCUGCAUGGCUUGUGGGUCAAGUGGGCACAAUGCGCAGAACUGCCCUUCUGGCAUAUAUAGGCAGCAGCAGCAGCAGCAGCCUGCUGGGAGCACAGCUAGCCCCUACGGCUCUUCACCUGGUGACGCCGGCUCUGGUCCGUGUUACAGAUGCAAUCAGCCUGGGCACUUUGCCAGAAAUUGCCCUGGUGUGGGUGCUGCACCCCAGCAGCAGCCGUAUGGGAGCGGCGUUGCAUCGGGAGCAUAUGGUAGGCAGUCCUACGUUAGGGCUACGAAUUACUGAAGUCAGUAUCUUGCGAAUCCAGGUUCCUAGUUUUUGUUGAGAUGUCGGUCUGUAUGGCAUCACUGCGUCUGUGUAAAGUAGAUAACUGUGUCUUUUGUGGUUGUCUGAAUCUGAGCUAUGUAUGGAUACUUUGAUCAGUGUUUAUAUUCCUUUUAUAUGCGUUUUGUA